UGGCAAGCUAGUCCAGGCAGCCGUACCAUCCGCACAUCAGCCAUACUUGGUGGUGAGGUGAAGGUGGUACAGGUGCCUGCGUUCGCCGAGUCUGUCUCUGAGGGUGAUGUGCGCUUCGAGAAGGCGGCCGGCGACUCCGUCAAGGAAGACGAGGUGGUCGCUGAAAUCGAGACGGACAAGACGUCGGUGCCGGUGCCGGCGCCCGUCGCCGGCGUCAUCCAGGAGCUGCUGGUGGCAGACGGCUCCACUGUGAAGCCCGGCACAGACCUGUUCAGCAUCGAAGUGGGCGCAGCAGGCGGUGGUGCCGCGCCAUCUGCGCCCAAGAAGUCCGAGGAGCCUGCUGCGAAACCCGAACCGUCCGCCGCCCCCGCAGAGGAGAUCCCUAAGGAUGUGCCGGCAAAGGAGGCUCCGAAGCCGCAGGCGGAGCCGGCGACCGCGGGGCCGAUCCCGAGCCGGCCGCCGGCGCCCGCCGCCACCCGGCCGGCGGCGCCGUCAGCCAGCAUCCCGGUGGCGGCAGUGCGGCACUCGAUGGCGCUGGAGAAGGGCGAGGUCAAGCUGCCGCCGGCCGACCCCACCGCCGAGAUCACCGGCACGCGGACCGAGCAGCGCGUCAAGAUGAGCAGAAUGCGCCAGAGAAUAGCGCAGCGACUCAAGGACGCUCAGAACACCAACGCCAUGCUCACCACCUUCAAUGAAAUCGACAUGAGCAACAUCAUGCAGCUGCGGAAGCAGCACCAGGAGGCAUUUGUGAAGAAGCACGGCAUCAAGAUCGGCUUCAUGUCCGCCUUCGUGAAGGCGUCGGCGUACGCGCUGACCUACCAGCCGACGGUGAACGCCGCCAUCGACGGCAACGAGAUCGUGUACCGCGACUACGUGGACAUCUCGGUGGCCGUGGCCACGCCCAAGGGCCUGGUGGUGCCUGUACUCCGCAGCGUGGAAGGCAUGAGCUACCUGGACAUCGAGAAAGGCAUCGAGGCGCUCGGAGCCAAGGCCAAGGACGGCUCGCUGGCUGUGGAGGACAUGGACGGCGGCACGUUCACCAUCAGCAACGGCGGCGUGUUCGGCUCCAUGUUCGGCACGCCCAUCAUCAACCCUCCGCAGGCGGCCAUCCUCGGCAUGCACGGCAUCUUCCAGCGGCCGGUCGCGAUUGACGGCAAGGUGGAGAUCCGUCCGAUGAUGUACGUGGCGCUGACGUACGACCACCGACUGAUCGACGGCAGGGAGGCGGUCACCUUCCUGCGCCACAUCAAGGCGGCCGUCGAGGACCCGCGCGUUCUGCUGCUCGGCCUCUAG